AUGUCCCUAAUCCCUCCCUUUUCUCCCUCCCCUUCUUCGUCUCUCCCUCUCUCUUUGACCUCAUCGACCCUUCGUCUGCCCGGGGCUUAUAGCGAGAUCCGGCGACGACACGGACGGCCACCAGCGUCGGAGAAGAGAAUCGAGCUAGAAGUUGAGGCUGCGGUGGCGGAGUCUUUCCUUGGGGGAUAUUCACAAAAAUGCAGAGCAUCGGCUUUCAUUGACAUGAAGCCCCUCAUUUGCUCCUGAACACAGACUAUAGCUCUUGGGAAGAAGAUCGAUAAAAAUGUUCUCAUUGUUCUAUGGACUCUGGAAUUAUAUGUUCAGCAAGACGGAAUUCCAUGUUCUCAUUCUUGGAGUCGACAAGGCGGGAAAGACUACUUUGCUGGAGAAGUUGAAGUCCUUGUAUUCGAAUCUGGAAGGGCUUCCUCCUGAUCGAAUAGUUCCAACAGUUGGGCUCAAUAUUGGUCGAGUUGAGGCCUCAAAUGCAAAACUUGUUUUCUGGGACCUGGGAGGUCAGAUCGGACUACGUACAAUUUGGGAAAAAUAUUAUGAGGAGGCACAUGCUAUAGUAUAUGUUAUAGACGCUGGUUGUCCGUCAUCAUUUGAAGAUACCAAAUCUGCAUUAGGAAAAGUACUUAGACAUGAGGAUUUGCAAGGGGCACCACUUCUGAUACUAGCAAACAAGCAGGAUCUUCCUGGAGCUGUUUCGACUGAAGAACUAGCAAGGUAUUUGGAUUUGAAAGAGUUAAAUGAAAGGCUCUACAUGAUUGAAGCUGUAUCUGCAUAUAAUGGAACGGGAAUCAAAUUUGCUAUCGACUGGUUAGUGGAUGUGAUGGAAAGAAGUAAGCGCACCGAGAUGCUUAGAGUCCGUGCAGGUGUAACAGGGCAUGUUUAGCAACUCAUGCAACCUUUGUUAUGGGGCUUUAGUUUGAUGUAUACAGACAUUUUUGGUCAUUACGUGUGAUCUCGGAGCAAGAUGUAGUUGAGCUCUUUAUUCAGUCUCAUGGUGGCCUAUGCCCUGGCGAUCUUGUCUUCCUUAUUACCUGUAAUGAGGCAGAUAAGCUGGUUGUCCAGCUGUGGCAUGGCAUGUGUAAAUCUGUAAAAAGUCUGAGGCUUUUUAUAUGUGAAGACAUUACAUUUGUUUCAACAUUAGAAAUAAAAUUAUGGGCAAUAGAAAUGCAAAGUGGGUUUUUGCUA